UUGAGCUUCCGGUGUUUCAAUCAAUUCAUAUGAUUCUCUUUUAUUCAGUGGAUAUUUAUUUUUCGGUGAUUUCAACCUGAAAAGUUGUACAAUUGCAUUUUUAUACAUAAGUUGAAACAGUUAUAAAACUAUUAUAAAAUUCAACAUACUAAACGGACAGAACUAAAUCGAUGGUAAAUGUCUAUUCAAUUUACAAUGAACUUUAACACUGUUUGUCACUUUAGCUCUUGUUUUCUCCAUUUGUUUCCUCUCUAUUAUUUCAACUAUUCUCUAUACUCCCCUCAGCUAUUUUCUAAUCCUAUGUAAUUUUGUUCUUAUGCUCCAGGUGAUCUACAUUCCUGUCUUCAAACUUUCAUGUCAAGUUGAAAAUCAUUAUAUGAAAACAUAUCCCAGCAUGGUUUCACAAGGAAGAAAGGAAGUGUGUGCAAAACUCUAUUCUAGAACACAAGUGAUCAACUCCUGUCACUCUACCAAUCCUGAACAUGAUUUUAAGAUCAUCUACCAAAUCCAUGGUAACUUGCCGCGCUUUCUUUGUUACAGACUUCUAAAGACAGCGGAGGCCUUGGCAAUUCAUGACAUUAAGCCAGACCUCUAUGUACCAAAAGAAGUAUGUACAAUCCCUACUUCUGCCUUGACCGUAGAAGGAUAUACAUUUAUUUAUUUAUUUUGUUUAUUUGGUUAUUCUAUGUACCUUUCCCUUAUUUCUACGAUUAUUAUUAUUCCUAUUUUCACUUUGAAUUGUCUCCGCUUGUCCCACUUGUCAUUCUAAAUCCAAGAUUAUAUUUUUUUUACAAUAUUGAAUUCUGUCUUAUCAAAUUUCACACCAUAUUACAUAGCGUUUCUACUCUCCUAUUAAUCCUAUAAUUAUGUACCCCUUUCCAACAUCUUUACAC